GGUGAAGUGUGCGGGGAGGGACGCGACCUACGCGGGUGCCCAGGGCCAUGGCCGCCCCGUCGGUCAUUCUCGGCAUCGACCUGGGCACCACGUCUGUGAAGGCGGCCGUGGUGGAGGCCGCGCCCGGCGACCCAUCGGGGUUCGUGGUCCUGGCGAGCUGUGCCCGGGCCGCGCGGGCCGAGGCGACGGCCCAGAGCCCCCUUGCAGGCCCCACAUGUGCUCGGGAGCAGGAUGUGAGUAGAAUCAUCCAAGCCCUAAAUGAGUGCCUUGCCGCUCUUCCCCAGCAGCACCUCCGGAAAGUCUGUGGCAUCGGAGUGUCAGGACAGAUGCAUGGAGUCCUGUUUUGGAAAACAGGCCAAGGCUGUGAAUGGAUGGAGGGAGGGGCUGCCCCUGCGUUCAAGCCCAGAGCUGUGAGCAACCUGGUUACGUGGCAGGAUGGCAGAUGCAACAGCGGGUUCCUGGCUUCUCUGCCCCAUCCAGAGUCCCAUCUCAGUGUAGCCACGGGGUUUGGCUGUGCAACUAUCUUCUGGCUUUUGAAAAAUAGCCCAGAGUUCCUGAAGUCCUACGAUGCAGCUGGCACCAUCCAUGACUAUGUGGUUGCCAUGCUGUGUGAUCUGCCAAGACCCUUGAUGUCUGACCAGAAUGCUGCUAGCUGGGGAUAUUUCAACACCCAGAGACAAAGCUGGAACAUGGAGAUACUGAGGACCUCCGGCUUUCCUGUGCACCUGCUCCCUGACAUCGCAGAGCCCGCCAGUGCGGCGGGCAGGACUGUGCGUGCCUGGUUUGGAAUCCCAAAGGGGACGCAGGUGGGCGUGGCCUUGGGGGAUUUACAGGCCUCCGUCUAUUCCUGUAUGGCCCACAGGACAGACGCAGUUCUCAACAUCAGCACUUCAGUUCAGUUGGCAGCCCCCAUGCCUUCAGGGUUCCAGCCAGCGCAGACUCCAGACCCUGCAGCUCCAGUUGCCUACUUCCCUUACUUCGACAGGACCUACCUGGCAGUGGCAGCGUCCCUAAAUGGGGGCAAUGUGCUGGCCACGUUCGUCCAGAUGCUGGUCCAGUGGAUGGCAGACCUAGGCCUGGAGGUCGAAGAAUCCACUGUGUAUUCACGCAUGAUCCAGGCAGCUGCAGAGCAGAGAGACACCUGCCUAACUAUCACUCCAACAGUGCUGGGUGAGAGGCAUCUGCCGGACCAGCUGGCCUCAGUGACCAGGAUCUCCUCCUCCGACCUGUCCCUGGGGCACGUGACCCGGGCCCUGUGCCGAGGCAUUGUUCAGAACCUGCACUCGAUGCUUCCCUUCCAGCGGCUCCGAGAGUGGGGUGUGGAGCGGGUGGUCAGCAGCGGGAGCGCGCUGUCCAGGAACGAGGUGCUGAGGCAGGAGGUGCAGAGGGCUUUCCCUUUCCCUGUGUCCUUCGGGCAGGAUGUGGACGCAGCGGUGGGGGCUGCGCUAGUCAUGCUCCAGAGAAGCCUCACCCAGGAGGAGUCUUAGUCGCACACCCUUUGGCCAAAGCACUGUUGCAGAUUUUAUCUAAUUAACAUUCCGACAUGAUCUUGGGGUCAUCCUUCUCCUGGACAGCUCUGUGGGCAGCUUUUAAAUGAUGUCUAUUCGCAGGGCACCAUCUUGACCAAGAACUUCCUUCAGGGCACACACUAACAAUGCAGCCAGCAGUCAGUGACCAGGUUCCCAACCUGUCCUUCUGAGAGCUGGCACCGUAAACGUAAACAUGGAAGAAAGAGAAAAAAGAAACAGCAACCUAGCAUCCUGGUUAGCAGACUCGCCUGUGAUUCACCUGUAGACAAAGAGAAAAUAAAUGUGGACUUCAGACGCCAAAAUGUCUGGUGGCUGCAGCUCCGAGUAAGAAGAGAAGACCAGCCUCUACCCCACUGCCAGCUUUUGUAUUGAUUGUUUUCAGGGAUAGGAAGCUCUGACUCGGGUCCCAUGCACUAUCAGAAAAGUCCUUCCUCACUGGAUUGUACCUUGUGCCCCCUUUCCCAGUCUCAUUCUCCCCUGGCCACAGCUGGUUAUCUGGGGGUAGGGAGAGGCCAAAGGACAGUGAUGCUGAGGCCGAGGUGAAGAUGCGGUGUCUGUGCUGGCUUUGCUGUGUGCUCCCCUUCCCCUCCCAAGGAGAGGAUUCUGUGGUGGGGCGGCCCUGGAUCCUCACAGCACAACUGGUUUGAAGGCACAGAACAGGGAAGGAGAGUCAGACAGCAUGCCUAGCAAGUGGGGGUAGAUGCUGUGUGGCCCCAUCACUCAGGCACAUUGUUCCCGAGGGUGACCAGGCACCAGCAGGACCCAUUUCUGGGCAGCAGUGGGUUUUUGCCCCUGCACAACUUUGGAAGCCUUCCAAGUGGUGGUUGCAUCCAGGUAUGCUCCCUCCAGAGAGGUGGCCAAUUUAGUCAGAGAGGACCCCUUAUCCUGGAGGCCCUGGCUCUUGCUAUCGAUGUGGGCUUUGCUGGCCCACCACGUGUUCCUGGCUCACAGAAACAUCCCACUUCAGUCCGCAUGCCUGCAGGGACCCCAGAGCAUCUUAAACCUUCCCGUGGGCUGCAGGGAUGACCAUGGAGAAGGCCACCAUUGCUGUGUCUACUUCCAGACUCCCCAGGGCAACCCCAGCCUCAGGCAGACUCUGAGGCAUUUGGGCAACUGUGAGUUUGGGAAGCAGUCAUGUCGUCUCUUUGUAAAUGCCACUUUAUGAAUUAUGUGAUUGUCUAAGGCUCUUAGGUGAAUCUGCCUGGCUGUGCUGAUUGACUUUUGGAUACUAAAUAAAGCUCAUUCUAGA